GUGAGUAAUGUUUUGGGAAAGAAGUUGGGAGAAGUGAUUAGAGUCCCUUACGAAUCUGGAGAUUUGUUUGAGUUUUCUUACUGCGGCACGGUUGUCAUCAUGGGUUGCGGCAAAACAGAUGAAGCAGCUAUAUCCAAUGCCAAGGAGUACGCGAAGAGAUUAAUGAAGAUCCAUGAUGGAGAGGCUGUACAGAGUGAGGAACCGAACCCGAUCCUUGGUGAUGAUUGGGACAUGGUGGCUCGUAAGUCCCAGGUGCCUGGUCUGUAUGAUGAAGUCAUACCGCAGGACACAGAGGCUGGGUGUUCCACAGAGCGGUCAUACUGCCAGUCAUCAACUUUGGCACAGUCCGAACAAGCAAUGCCUGAGGCACCAGCAGAUGCAGAGGAGGAAGAAGAUGCUUCCUGUAAUAACUCUGCAGUCCCGGCACCCAUGGUCCAACCGAGCACAUCAGAGCGAUUCUCACGUUUCGGGCGCAAUGUCAACGAGCGAUUAAUAUGUCAUUCCAACAGUGCUAUCAUAGAUGACAUGAAACACCCUUCCAGCACCCAAAAAAAGGUGUCAUUCCAGCUGCUUUUGCACCUGCUGCUGCAGGUGGUUGACAUCCCUAGAGACCCCCUAGCCAAGAAUAGCGCAAGAAGAAGACGGUCAUGUUAUGACAUUGAAUUAUUGGGAGCUUUUGCCAAAGCAAACAUGUUUGCUCAUGAUAUGUCGCUUGUGUUGCAGUGA